AUGAGUUAUGAAAAAGAAGAAUAUAGAGAAGAUAAAAAAAAUGAUAAUAUAGAUAAUGAAAAAAAGGAAGAUAUGAAUAAUAAAAUAUUCUACAGUAUAAUACCAGAUAAUGAUUAUAAAAAUAUACACACAAAUAUAAUAAAUGAAAAAAUGAUAAUUGAGGAAAUAAAAAAGUAUAAUAAUGUAAAAAGAAAUAAUGUAAUUGAUGAAUUUUAUCAUACUAAAUCUUUAUCAUUAGAAAAUAAAAAAAUAUUAUUAAUACAAAAUAUUAACCUUUUUAAAAAUUUAGAAGAGUUACAUUUAGAUAAUAAUUUAAUAGAAGAAUUAGAAAAUUUAAAUGAAUUAGUUAAUUUAAAAAUUUUAAGUAUUUCAAAUAAUAAUAUAAAGGAAAUAAAAAAUUUAGAUAAUUUAAAAAAGUUAUCAGAACUAAAUUUACAUAAUAACAAGAUUAAAAAAAUUGAAAAUUUACACAACAAUAAAAAUUUAAAAAUUUUGAUAUUAAGUAAAAAUUAUAUAGAAGAUUUGGAAAAUAUAUUUUAUUUAAGGUGCUUAGAAAAUUUAAAAUUUUUAAAUUUAAUUGAUAAUCCUAUAUGUAAUAUAAAAAAUUUAUCAUGUGAAGUAAUUUCUAAUUUAAAAAAUGUUAAAUAUUUUAACAAUGAAAUAGUUACUGUUAAAAAUUCACAAAUAGAGAAAACUUGCAUUGAUGUUAAAAUAUACGAAGAAACAAAAGAAAUUAAAAAUUAUGAUUUAAAUAAUAAUAUUAAUGAUACAAAAAAUUAUGAAAAGAAAAUUUCCGAAGCAUAUUUAUAUGAUAUAACUAUUUUGUCUAAUUCACUAUUUGAUGAAAAAAAAGAGCCAAAUGUUUUACUUAAAAUAGAUAAUUAUUCAAAAAUAAAAAAUGAUUUUUUAGAAAAUAUUCAAAAUAUGAAUUCAGAAAUAAUUAAUAAAAUACUAAUAUUAAAUGAAGAAAGAAAAAAAUCUUCUGACGAAUUUGAAAAUAAAGUUGAAAAAUUUACUUCACAAAGUAUGUUAGAAAAUAUUAGUGAAUAUAACAAAUUAAAAAAGAGAACAAAAAAGGCCAUAAGAAAUAUAUUAAGUUUUUUAAAUUGUGAACAAGGAAUAGAGAACAUGACGAUUAAAAAGUGCCCUGAUUACUACAAGAAAAAACUAGAGAUAAAUGAAAAAAAAAGCAUAAACGAUACAAUUAAAAAAAGAAUUGAAGAUAUCUCAAAAAAUUAUAAUUUAAAGUUGAAUACACAAAUUUUUAGUGAAAUUGAGGAAAGUAAAGAAAGUGAAAAAAAUGAAGACAUUUCAAACGAAAACGAAGAUAUAAAUAUUAUAUUUGUCAAUAAAGAAAAAUACUCAAUUCUAAAAAAUUACAUUGAAAAUAAUAUUGAGGAAAAUUUUCUAUUUAGAGAUAAGUUAAUAAAUGAAGAACUGAUGAAUAUAGUUUCACUGAAUAAUUUCAUAGAAAAAUUUAAAGUAAACAUUUCAAACAUAAUAAAAGUUAUAAAUGACAAUAUCUAUAGUUAUUUUAGAAAAUUAGAAGAAUUAGAGCAAUCUUUCAAUUCUAAAAUUCUUAACUUUUUUUCUGAUGUUAAAAAAAAUGAUCAACCUGCUAUAAUUUUUAACGAAGAAGAAAUAAAUGAAUAUUAUAUUUACAAAGGGUAUAGAUCAAAUGUUUUAAACAAUUUAGAGGAUUUUAUUUCAAGUAGUUACAAUAAAGCAGGUAAUUUUUUAAUUGAAGAAAAAAAAAAGUAUUUAUUUUUAAAAUCAAGAGAAAGAAUAACAGAAAUUGGAAAUAUUGUUGAUAUAUUUAAUGAUUUAUUCUACUCUUAUCUGUACUUAUUACAUGUUAAAUAA